AUGACAGUGGAUUCUUCGCUGCAAAAGCUAUUGCCCUACCGACAUCAUGUCACCAGACUCUUCAUGCAACGAGCUCACACUUCUGGUCAUAGAGGUCGUGAUGCAACCUUAGCACGAUUCCGUCAACUCUACUGGGUAACCCAAGGAAGCCAACUCGCUCAAUCAAUCAAGAGUAAAUGUCAGAUGUGCAAGCUACGCGAAGCAAAGUUCCUCGAGCAGCAAAUGGGACAGCUACCGAAAGCAAGAUUGAAACCACCUCCAGCUUUCAACCACGUUAUGAUCUAUCUUUCAAUCACGAUAGACCUUUUCGGACCCUACUCGGUUCGUGGAGAAGUACAGAAAAGAACAAGUGGUAAAGCGUACGGAGUAAUCUUCACAGAUCUAGUUAUGAGAGCAGUCCACAUUGAAGCUGUGUUCGGGUACGAUACCGAAUCAUUCCUAAUGGCCCUCAGCAGAUUCGUCAGCGUUCGUGGUUGGCCCGAAAUCAUAUAUAGUGAUCCCGGAUCACAACUAAUUGGUGCGGAAAAAGAACUCACGGAAACCUGGAAGAGCAUUGACCGACAAUCCCUACAUAAAAGUGGCACAGAGAAUGGAUUGACCUGGAUCUUCGGCCCCGCUGAUAGCCCUUGGUGCCAAGGAGCUGUAGAAUCCCUGGUGAAGAGUGCCAAGAGAGCUAUUCAUUUCGCAAUCAAUAACCAACGUCUAUCAGUCCAAGAGUUCAUGACGGUGUGUAGCGAAGCCACGAACCUCCUUAAUGAAAGACCGAUUGGCAUGGAACCCUCCCGAGCGCUGAUUCCGAAUUAAAUAUCCUUACUCCCAACAGCUUGCUACUGGGCAGAGCAACGGCGAAGAAUCCUGGUGGAUGGCAGCCUAACGGUAAUAAUCCAGGAAAGCGUUAUCAUGUUGUCCAGAUCGUGACAGACGAGUUCUGGAAAAAAUGGACGGAGUUAUACGUCCCAGCCUUGGUUAUUCGUCGCAAGUGGAAUAGAGCCAACCGUAACCUGCGCCCAGGAGAUGUUGUAAUAAUCGCCGACCGUAAUACCUUGCGAGGAGAUUACCGUUUAGGUACAGUAUAGUACAAGAAGUGUUUCCCAGUCAAGACGGAAAAGUUCGUCGAGUAAAUGUCAUGUACAAGAAUUUUCAAAUUGUAGAAAAGGUACAAAAAUACAAAGGACAUAACGAGGCUGUCAAUCCUGUCAUUGUGUCACGAAGUGCUCAGCGAUUAUCGUUAUUAGUACCAGUGGAUAUGGAUCAAGACCAGGAAACCAAGUCGGAAGCAAAAGAGAGUGUAUGA